UUGCAACAACGUGUUGCUGCUAAUCGUCGUGAACGACAGCGAACGAAAGAACUUAAUGAUGCGUUUGCAAUUUUGAGACGAAUAGUUCCAUCCUUACCUUCCGAUAAAAUGAGUAAAAUUCAUACACUGCGUAUCGCUACUGAUUAUAUCCGAUUUCUAGAUCAGAUGCAACUUUAUGAUGGUAAUCUGCAAACAACUUUCAAUAUGUGGCGAGGUGGCAUGGCUUCUUUACCACAUUAUUACUCGAAUGACCACUCCUCGAUACAAAAUUAUAUUAAAACAGGUCAUAUUAUUAAUAAUUUAGAUUAUGAAAACAUAAGUAAAACGUUUAUUUUAAAUACUUUUGGGUCAAGUCGAUUUAACUUAGUUACAUCUCAUUUUAAAUACCUCUCAGUAUGA